CAUUCUGCUUCCAUGCGUCCAUUUGAUCGAACCAAUUAAUUUAUCUUAUCAAUAUUUAUUCAUUCUAGCUAGACAGAAAUGGUAUUACUAUAUACCGAAUCUUUAGAGGCACCAACAACACUAACGGCCACUUGUUUCGACAAUGGAAACUACACGGUGGGACAGAUAAAUGUGCGUAAAUCUUCGGGUUCUAUACCAAACCCGCCUUUGUUCAUUGUUCACCCUAAAGAAAAAGGGACUUAUCCCGUUAUACUCUUUCUUCAUGGCUUUUCGAUACCCAAUCAUUCUUAUAGCGAUCUCUUUGAGUUUAUAGCCUCUCAUGGUUACAUUGUUGUUGCUCCCGGACAAACUUUGUUUGGCUUAGUAACGGGUCUAUGUAUAUGCUCUGCGGUUGGUGAUGUGGAAGAUGCAGCUGAAACGGCUAACUGGAUAACCAAUAACAAAGGUGAAAACCUCCAACUUGUUCUCCCAAACAAUGUAUCACCGGAUCUCGACAAGGUAACUCUAGCCGGUCAUAGUAAAGGAGGGAAAGCAGCAUUUGCACUAGCGUUAGGACAUGCUAGUACAAGCCUUAAAUUCAAGGCUUUAAUUGGGUUGGAUCCUGUUGCUGGUCCAGACAAUGCCAACAGACUCGAACCCAAAAUCUUAAACUACAUACCACAAAACUUUAACUUGGAUAUGCCUGUAGCCCUGAUUGGGACAGGCUUAGGUGAUGAUGGGUGCUGCGGAUGUUUUCCACCCGCAGCACCAUGGGGAUGCAACCAUCCAUUUUUCUUUAAUGAAUGCAAGCCUCCUUCGUGUUAUUUUGUAGCUAAGGACUUUGGUCACAUGGAUAUGGUAAAUGAUUGGUUGGUUCGGUUAUCUGGUAUGUUCGUAUGCAAAACUGGAAACGGUUCGAAAGCUGAUAUGAGAAGAGCUUGUGGAGGCAUAUUUGUUGCCUUUCUUAAGGCUUAUUUAUUUGAUGAUGAUGAAGAUCUCACUACCAUAGUUAAUUCCCCCAAUUUGGUUUCUCCUAUUAAGCUUGAUCCAGUUUUAUGGAUUAAAUCAUGAAAGCUUUGACAUUUGUAUUUUUAAGAUCUAAAUGAAUACAAACUUUUCGUCUA